GGAACCCAUGGCUCACAGACGCAGAACAUCCGCGUUAUCCUUACCAAAGAAAAACAAACGCCGGCAAAACAUAGACCCUUAAAUAAUGUACGGAAUGACUACACAUAGGCUGGUUCGGACUUUUUUUGUCAUUUUUUUCUCUGGACAGGAAACAAUAUAGAAGCAGGGCAAAGGGUGCCUAUAUUUUGUGAAUCAAGACUUCGCCAGAGUCGGAUGAAGAAAAGGUGGAGAGAGAAAGCGCGCGGCUCCAUACUCGAUCAACUUGUAGCAUGAUCUCGCAUCACAAGCUCCGGAUCACAGCAAAAUAAAACAAAGGCACAAACUUUAUUUCACAAGAGGAAUAGAAGUUGGCAUACUUCACUUUGUGCUUUUUAUUUUUGAAGUGCUGAAACAAAAGCACUGUUUUAUUCUCAGGAACAGUGAAUCGUUUUGGAAUCUCACCCAAUCAGCACUGAAGUCUUGGACGGAGGCAAAACUCUUCCUAUGGCAAACGACACCGAGAAGGACCCAUGCCACAGCAACCUGCACAUCGACAAUGGGAACCCGCGCAUUAGCGCGAUAAUGUUCUCUGCCGGAGUGAUAGGGAACUUGGCGGCUUUGAUCCUUCUGGAGAUCCGUCGCAGGAAGGACAAGAGCCGGCAGCGACUGUCGCUCUUCCACGUCCUGGUCACCACGCUGGUUGUCACUGACUUGAUGGGCACCUGUCUGGUCAGUCCUUUCGUCCUGGCAGCCUACUCCUUUAACACCACCAUUAUUUCUAUGAUUGACAGUAACCCUCCCGCAAUGUGUGAGUAUUUUGGAUUCUGUAUGACUUUUUUCAGCUUGGCCACGUUAUCUGUCCUCUUCGCAAUGGCGCUUGAGCGAUGCCUCUCCAUUGGGUGUCCAUACUUCUACGGGCGGCACGUCACCAAACGUUGUGGAUAUAUCACCAUUCCAUUCAUCUAUUUAGUUUGCGGGGUGUUUUGCCUCAUGCCCUUUUUGGGUUUUGGGGACUACGUGCAGUAUUGCCCGGGGACGUGGUGCUUCAUUGACAUGAAUCCGUUAAUGCCGGAAGACCGAGUUUAUCCAGUCCUUUACGCAACGGUUAUGCUCAUCCUAGUCCUCGCUAUAGCGGCUUGUAACGCCUUUGUCGUAUACCACCUGAUUUUGAUGUACCGGAGGCGCAAACUAAACGGGGGAUCCGUGACAACUCGGAGUAAGAAGGACCGGAGAGUCCUCUCCAUGGCCGAAGAGGUCGAACAUCUUAUAGUACUGGUGUUCAUGACGGUGAUAUUCGUGAUUUGCUCCCUUCCUCUGGUGAUCCGUGUUUAUAUCAACUCCACGGGGCAGAGGAAGGAGAGCCACAAGAUGGACCUCAUCGCCCUCCUCUUUCUCUCAACCAACUCCAUCGUGGACCCCUGGGUGUUCAUCUUCCUCAGCCCAUCAGUGCUGCGCUUCUUCUGGGGAGCCCUGUGCAAGACGCCCCUCCUGCGGUCCAGGGAGUCUUUCUUCAAGUCCUCCCUGGGGAAGCAGACGCACGCCCAGCUGGAGCUGUGCCAUCCCAGUGCUGUCUCCGAGUUCACCCACUCUCCGAUGUCCACGCAUAUGGUUUGACCCUUUGAUGUACUGGACCUAAUUGGGGCCUUGUAUGUUGUCUCUGAAGGGAGAAGCCACUCAGAAUAGUGCCACUGCCCAAAUGUGCUGCCUGCCUAGUGGUUUGAUUAUAUUGCAAGGAUGUGGGGUGUGUGUGUAGCUACUUAGGGGCAACUUCUGGACAAGUGGAGCGGCAACCUACACAUUCCUGCAAACGUAGGCUGCUGCUUGCUUGUUUUGGAACAAGCUCUGAGGCUCAUUUUGGAAGCCUCCGGAGGCCAGCAACAGACAUUUGACGGGCAGUUAGACUCCAACUCUGAGGAGAAUGGAGUUGCAGUACAGGGUCACGUUCUUAAAAGUACUACCCAUUAUUUGUUUUUACAGCCUGGACUCUCAGAUCAGAGGCCACUACAAGGACAGCAAACCAGGAUUCACAUCACUGAAGGAACUAAAUCAGAUAAGGACUGUUUAUUCUAUGUGAGUUGAUCAUGCUCCAGAUGCAUUGUUGCAUUGUUACACCCUGGGACUUCCAGGGAAGUUUACAUGAAUUAUUUCUAUUGAGAUGUUCCUGUUACUACACCCUGGGACUUCCAGGGAAGUUUACAUGAAUUUUUUCUAUUGAGAUGUUCCUUCAGCCAUCAAAUGGAAUCCUUGUGGUUUUGGGAAUUGUUAUCAGAAAAGUCAGAGUCAUGCAUGUAAUCCAAGCAAGAUUCACACACUCCAAACCUAUGUUCAAAUACUAUUUAGGGUAUUUCAAAUACAUUUGGAUGUAAGCAUUUGGUAAUUUUAGUCUGAAAACACAAGUAGUUUAAUAUUGGAAUGUAUUUGGAAAUAACCUUGGAAAGUAUUUGCAUGUAUUUCGUAAAUAAAUAUUUAAAUACUACCAUGCAUUUGAACCAGGUCUGUUUGGUAUUUGAAAUAAUGUAGUUGGAAAUACUUUCAAAAUGUAGGCUAUUUAUAGUAGAAGUAGUUGAUUCGGGACACAUUCAAAUAUUAGUACGGUAUUUAUACUGUAUUUGAGUAAAAAGUACUAAAAUACGGUACACAGAAAAUAACAAAUAAUCAAAUACAUGUAUUUGAGCCCAGGUCUGACACACACAUACACUGUCCCCUCUCCCUGCAGCUAUGACCCGUUGACCUUUCCCCUGUCACCCCACUGGGUACUCACCUCAAACGGUCAAAGGGUAAUAGCUCGAGAUUGACAUUUCUUUUUGUAACAUUUACAUUUUUUAUCAAACAUAUUCAUGUGGUUAUGUUAUGAGAAUUGUGCUAUGAGAGGAGGUUUCGUCUGUACCCUUAUGAGGUACCUCAGUGUUUUAUUUUAUUUAAUCUUUAUUUAACCAGGUAGGCCAGUUGAAAGGACAGCUUGAGUAUUUAUUAUGUGUCCCAGCCCUCAGAUCUCAUUGAUGUGUUAGUGUACCUGGUGACAAGGUACUCAUGAAUGUUCAGUGCGCAGUUGUAAAUGUGUCGUUCGUGUGUGUGUGUGUGUCAGUAAACCUUUUUAUGUGACGAAAGUAAAAUGUCGUAUAAAAAAUGUCACGACAGGCCUGAUUGAAAAAUAACAUUUGUUGGUAAACAUUUCAAAUGUCCACAUACAAUAUGCCAGACAAUAUGGGAUUUUUUUGUGUCAGUAACAUUUAUUAUGCAUGAAAUGGCGGUGGAAACGCUUUUUUCAUUUCCAAUAUAUAUCGAGGGUCUUAUUCUGGUGACAUGAUGAUUCAUGCUUGGCUGUCGUUUGACAAAUAAAAAUAAUCUUGCUAUUUUGUCCAUAAUAAUGUCAUAAUUUAGGCUAUAGCCGCACUGCAUCUGCGAAUGCGAGCUAUUAGCUAGUGUGCACGUGCCAAGACCAGAGUGGACACAUUCGCUAUAAAACGCAACUUUUUUGAGACAAGACCAUCAGUAGAAAAUGUGAUGGAAACCCAUUUAACCUUUUAUUCGGGACAUGGGAAUACACACAAUGUUUUAUCUGUAACAUGUCAAUUUGAUGGAAACAACUCUCUGGUGGGAAAAUGCGCAUGUUGUUUUCAUAUGGAUUUUAGAUUAUUUGCAUGAAAAUCUGUCGCCAAUUGAAUGGAAACCUAGCUGAUGUCAAAGAGAUGCCACUGAAAGAAACAUGAUAACAGCAAGAAAUCCUACCUCUAAAGUUGAAGUCGGAAGUUUACAUACACCUUAGCCAAAUACAUACAAACUCAGUUUUUCACAAUACCUGACAUUUAAUCCUAGUAAACAUUCCCUGUCUUAGGUCAGUUAAGAUCACCACUUUAUUUUAAUAAUAUUAAAUGUCAGAAUAAUAGUAGAGAAUGAUUUAUUUCAGCUUUCAUUUCUUUCAUCACAUUCUAAGUGGGUCAGAAGUUUACAUAUACUGUACUCAAUUAGUAUUUGGUAGCAUUGUCUUUAAAUUGUUUAACUUGGGUCAAAUGUUUCGGGUAGCCUUCCACAAGCUUCCCACAAUAUAUUGGGGGAAUUUUUGGCGCACACGCUUUUUCAGUUCUGCCCACAAAUGUUCGAUAGGGUCAGGGCUUUUUGAUGGCAACUCCAAUACCUUGACGUUGUUGUCCUUUAGCCAUUUUGCCACAACUUUGAAAGUGUGCUUGGGGUCAUUGUCCAUUUGGAAGACCCAUUUGCGACCAACCUAUAACUUCCUGACUGAUGUCUUCAGAUGUUGCUUCAAUAUAUCCACAUAAUUUUAAUUCCUCAUGAAGCCAUCUAUUUUGUGAAGUGCACCAGUCCCUCCUGCAACAAAGCACCCCUACAACAUGAUGCUGCCACCCCCGUGCUUCACGGUUAGGAUGGUGUUCUUCGGCUUGCAAGCCUCCCCCUUUUUCCUCCAGACAUAACGAUGGCCAAACAGUUCUAUUUUUGUUCCAUUGGACCAGAGGAAAUUUCUCCAAAAAUUACAGUCUUUGUCCCCAUGUGCAGUUGCAAACCGUAGUCUGGCUUUUUUUAUGGCGGUCUUGGAGCAGUGGCUUCUUCCUUGCUGAGUGGCCUUUCAGGUUAUGUUGAUAUAGGACUCGUUUUACUGUGGAUAUAGAUACUUUUGUACCUGUUUCCUCCAGCAUCUUCACAAGGUCCUUCGCUGUACGUUCAUCUCUAGAAGACAGAACGCUUCUCCUUCCUGAGCUGUAUGACGGCUGCGUGGUCCCAUGGUGCGUACUAUUGUUUGUACAGAUGUACAGAUGAAUGUGGUACCUUCAGGCAUUUGGAAAUUGCUCCCAAAAAUGAACCCAACUUGGAGGUCAACAAUUUGAUUUUCCCAUGAUGUCAAGCAAAGAGGCACUGAGUUUGAAGGUAGGCCUUGAAAUACAUCCACAGGUACACCUCCAAUUGACGUCAAUUAGCCCAUCAGAAGCUUCUAAAGCCAUGACAGUCAACUUAGUGUAUGUACAUUUCUGACCCACUGGAAUUGUGAUACAAUGAAUUAUAAGUGAAAUAAUCUGUCUGUAAACAAUUGUUGUAAAAAGCACCUGUGUCAUGCGCAAAGUAGAUGUCCUAACCGACUUGCCAAAACCAUAGUUUCUUAACAAGAAAUUUGUGGAGUGGUUGAAACAUGAGUUUGACUCCAACCUAAGUGUAUGUAAACUUCCAACUUCAACUGUACCUAUACCUGUUGUUAAUGUUUAUUUAUUUAACCCUUAUUUUAGCAGAUAAAAUGGGAUUCCGUGGUAAAUUGACUGAGAAUAAAUUAUUAUUUACAUGUCAGACCCUGUGAAAGAUCCUGAUUGCACUGAGCUUUUAAACUUUGUCAGGCAUGUGUAAUUAUGUACAUGUGUAUGCCUGUGUGCGUGUGUGUGGAUGUGUGUGUUAACGCUUCUGUUAGUAUGCACCUUGGCGCAUCCAUCUAGCCCUUUAUCCAUCAAACCUGUUCUGGAGCCCCGCUUCCUGUCAUAGACCCACGUCGUGGAUGACAUCCAGAUGUGUAUGUUAACAAAGUUAGACUCCCAACCAGCCCUUUAAACAAAAGAUUACUCUCUCAUUAUCAAAACAAACAGGGAUUUGACUAGCUCCAGCAAUAUAACUUACACAAGCAAAUCAGACACUCAAGUUGCCUUUGGGAGAGCAUAUUGAAUUAACAACAUGCAGACCCUUUGAAUUGAUCACUAGUCACAAAUACUAACGAAAAUAAACACAAUUAUAUAGCAUUAAUUACAUUGGAGAUGGCUCCACAGGAACAGGCAUGCGAUUUUGAUUACAAACGUGAUUAAUUCUGUUUACUCUUGCAAUUGAUUUAAUGAAGGUGGUUAGUCAGAGGGAAAUUACUUUGUUGAAACAUAUUGUGUCUCGUGUCUGUCCUGGGUCGUGUUGAUUAGGCACCAAAUAUAAGAAAACCAACUGAAACAGGGAGGGACAACAUGAAUAUGAACUUUUCUCAAUUUUGUUUUUUGUUGAAAAACGUUUUCCAUUGCAUGCCCUAAUGAACAUCACCCAAAUAAGUUUUCUAGGCUUUAAGGUUGGUGAUGCCGUAGCUAAAGUCUGGGCUGGUAAGAUGGCCUAAGGCCCCCUGCCUUGUGGUGGGAGGAUGUUUGGUUUCAUAUAAUCAAGUUCCUGCAAAGAAGCGUGAGAGUACAGAGGCACAAACCUCUCUGGUCAAAAGUAGUGCAAUAUAUAGAGAAUAGGGUGCCAUUUGGGACACAGCCUUCCUCUCUCAAGGCUAAUACACAACCAUGCCUAUGAUAUUAGUACAAAUGCCAAUUUAGAUAAAUUAUGUAGUUCAAUGUUGAUUUUUAAGGCAUCAAAAAAUAACUGAAGUUUUAUGAUUGCUAUUAACAUUGCGGAUGUGGAGUUCAAUCACAAGCCAGUUAUCUACACUCUAUUUUAUUUCUCUGUCACCCACUCUCUAUUAGUCCCUCUCCCUCCUUUUUUUCUCCCACUACCUUGUUCAUUCUCCCCUCACCUUAGACUUCUUGGUCACAUUUCAAAAGGCCUCCUCCUUGUCCCUCACCUGAACAUACAAACAGAAACACACACACACACACACACAGCGGGUUAAUUUGAGGGAAUGUGAUUAAGUCACGGGCUCUGACAAGAGACAGAGAAUGCCAGACACCCAUUGGAGAGAAACGUGUUUAUCAACAACGGCAAUGUCUUGUCUGCCAAACUGAACCGCGUCGCCAAGAACUGACAUCCUCCCAGACGUGAUUGUUCCAUUCCACUCACUUACCUGUCUGGUUCCAUUUGGGUUUAGCUGACUAGUACAUUUUGCACAUUUCAAAUGUACACGUGGUUGGCUUGACGUAAACCCAACAUGACACAUUCCAGGCACUUGUACCUACGUACCAUUGGGAUCUAUAACUAUUUCAAGCAAGGCAGCUUUUUUAUGUGCUUUUUUUGUCUUGUCGCUUGCAGCAGGUACUAUAUGCUACCUAUUGUGUCUCAAUUGCUGGUUCUUGUGAAUUUUCUGUCAAAAUUAAUGUGUUGUAAUAAAGCUGGUACCACUAAAGAUUA